AUGCUCACAGUCACACCCUGGAUUCAGCAUAAUGCUCCCCAAAUUGACCCCGCGUGGGCGUUUGCCGAAGCCCAGCGCAAAAGGCAGAGAAAUAUUCCCGACCCUCCACCGCGGGUCCAUGGCCGAAAGGAGAAAUUCAAGUCUGUCAUGAAGGAUUUCUUCGCAACUACCAAGGACAGUCAGGCCAAAGAUAUAUUUGAGCACACUCAUACGUGGGAAGAAGUUCGUGCCGAGGCCCAGAAAGCGCUGGAGCUACGAUACCAGGAAAAUAGAAAAAAGAACUUUCUCCGAAGAUCAAUUCGAGUCAUGGGGGACGUCACCUCUCGAUUGGAAUUCUUGACAGCGCUGGUUCCCAGCGGAGACUACAUGGGUGUCCUAUGUGGAGGCCUCAAAUUGGUCUACAAUGCAGCAAACCGUAUGAGCACCAUUCGUGACCUCAUUCUAGGAUCUUUGGAUAGCUUGUCGCAGCCAAUCGAGGAUGUCUCUCCUUACUUGUAUACUUAUUCCUGGAGCGAGACCCUUCUGGAGAAGGCUCAUGACCUCUACAUAUGCAUCUUGGAUGCGAUCGAGGAAAUCACACAUUGGAUCACCAAGAAAAGAGGAGCUUUGCGAGGUAUGCUGGAAGUAGGAAAGGCAAUUGUACAGCAAGAUGACUAUGGAGCACACCUUGAAGCGGUUAUUAGUACUACUGUCACGGAGAAGGCAAAUGUGUUUGAAAAAGCCGUCAAGUCCUGCUUGAGCAUCGAAGUCCACGAUAUGGGUCAAAACGUGGUUCGGAUUGGCCAAGGACAGGAUGCAAUAAGAGGGGAUCUGAAGCCCCUGCUUCAAGCUGCAGCAUCUUGGGAAAGAUGUGAAUCUAUUCUACGAGAUUACAUGAGACAGAUACAACCAAUACUUGCAUACCAUGCCGCUAUGGCUUCUCAGGCCACUCGAGUAUCCAUCACAAUCGAGCAGCUUCUCACUGCUCUCCACGUGGCGAAUCCCUUACCUGAAUUCAAUAUUGUAAACCAAAUGAUCGGCAUCAUAGCCACUGAGAGAAGGAAGAUGUUACUUACCGGGGGAGCCUUAGGCGUUGGUGCGGAAGACCAGGUGACAGGUGUCCUGCGGGAUGUCCGGUUCCGCAACUGGCUGCAAGGAAUGUCUUCCCAAGUCCUCGCGGUCUCCAACAUGGAGCAGGAUAUUCUACAAGAGGGGCCUGCCUCGCCGCUAACCUACAUGUGCUCGGUACUAUUGAAAUCUCUCGCCCCAAGUGAGCCAGUGAUCCCAAUCGCCUUCUUCUGCCGCCAACACUGCAACACCCAGGAUAGCCAGACUGGAGUCUUAGAGAUGAUGAGAUCUCUAAUUGACCAAGUCAUUAUUACCCUCGCCGAAGCCAACAGUCUAGAUCUCAGCUUCCUGGGAGAGGAGCAUCUUCACACCAUCGCAAGGCAAGAUGUGACGAUCCUCUGCCACCUAUUUGCGGAAGUGGUCAAGCGUAUCCCAAGCGGGUUGGUGAUCUGCAUUAUCGAUGGUAUCGAUUUCCUUAGCAAUUCCAUCCACAUGCCUUGGCUAGAUGUGGUAAUGCGGUUUCUUCAUGAUCUCAUGGGGAUUGUGGUGCAAAGCCGGUCGAACCUGGUGUUCAAGAUAUUGGUUACCAGCCAUCGAGGGGCCAGUCUUGCUUCCCAUUGGUUUCCUUAUCGAGUGGAGUUGCCUAUGCACAGAAAUGAGAUGCUAAAUGGUAUUGGACUUGGUACGAGGGAGAUGCAGUCAAUCUUCUAA